AUGUUUUUAGUUGGUCCAAGAGGUAAAGUAGUCCAACAGAAUACUCCUUUUCCAGUAAAAUCCAUGGAAGCCGCAUACAUGAGUAAUUUGCAUCAAAAUAAAAAAGGCCGUUGGUAUUUCGAAGUUACACACAUAUCAGGUCCAAAUAUAUACAUAGCUGGGUUUCGAUUUGAUGAAGGAGCUUACUAUGGAUUUUAUCCCCAAAUGAAGCUUCCUGAUGCUGUUGUUAUUUAUUUGGGAUGCCAAUCAAACGUUGAAGAUUAUCAACCAUUAGGAUUCAGAUCAUUAAAGAGUGAUUCAACUAUUGGAAUAAGUUUUGAUGCUUUUAUUAAUAGAAUCAAUUUUCGAAUAGGAAAUGAACAGAAAGGAUAUAAUUUAUACUUUACAAAAGAAAGAUCAGUAUAUAAUAUAUCAGUUUGGCAUGCAAAUAUUGGUGAUCCAGAUUAUUUAAAAGUAAACCUUGGAAAACAACCAUUUGUUUAUCCAAUUCCACCAGGAUUUACAACAUUUGAUUACGGGCUACAAUUGUUUGAAUCAAAACGACAUCCCAUAAAUUAUAUCCUAAAUUUCCAUGAUAUCAUUUGGAAAUGUUUAUAA